AUGAACCUGCUUAUCAUUGACCAUUUAGCUGUUGUCAUUAUCUUCAAACAUUCUUUCUACAUUUUCGACAAGCGGUGCUAUCUUCAGGACAAGGAGUCUGAUCCCUCAUUUCAUGUUGCUCUCGAGCAGUACAUGGCAUCUCUGCAUGCAGCUGCUGUCAGGAAAGGUGUGAGUCCUGCCAUUCAGGCGUAUGAAGAAGCUGUGGCGACUGCCACCUACGCAUAUGAAGAAGCUGUGAGGACUGUUGUCUAUCCAUAUCAAGGAAAUCUGCCUGCUUGGAUGGCAAAGUUGCUGUUUGAACCCUUCAAGAGGAAGGCAAAAGAAGCUUUUGAACACUCUCAGGCAAAGGCAAAAGAAGAUUUCCAAUGCUCUCAGGCAAAGGAAAAGAAAUCUUUGUGCUCUCAGGCAAAGGCAGAGUCAAUCGAGGCAGUUCUUGAAAUCGCUCUAAAUCAUCGCUUGCACAAUGUCAGUUACCCUCAGUCGAGACAGUGGCGAGAACCAACUGCACUUGAUGUGCUUCUCAAGUAUCUGUGGUACAAUCAGAAUCUGCUGACUCCCACCUCAUCCCCUGCCACAACAAUUAAUCUGUAG